AUGAUCUUGGCACAUUGUUGCUUGUACGUUCGUCGCAAAAUCUGUGAGAUUCCUUUUCGCCCCCUCCUGCGCAACCCCCCUGACCAAUCCCCCUCCGCCAGCAGUGCUAACUGUAAAUACCCUCUCAUGACCUUCCGCCCAGAUCAUAACCACCCGCCUCCACAGAGCAUCUGCAUCCACGCCAUCACCGCCCUCCCCCCUCCCCCCUCGACGAUGCCGAAGCGCAACCUCUACAUCUUAGACCUUCACGCCGGCCGCAAGUACGUCGGCGUCACUACCGACGUUAAUCUCCGUUACGCCCUUCACGCUGCGGGAUGCGCGGGCGAGUGGACGCGCAGGUAUCCCCCGCUUUGCGUCAGACAUGUCAGUCCAGUCGACGAGGACCAGGAGAAGAGCUUGGAGAGGUUGGUCACCGUGCAGCUCAUCUACAAGCACGGAAUAAAUCGCGUAAGGGGAUCGGAAGUCAAGAAGGGGGGAUGUUAUCGCCCAGGUGACGCCCAGGACGUCGUCGCUUUGGUCAGAAAGGCCCUUGGAGUUGGAGAGGAUGCUGCUGCGAAGAGGGUAGCGCUCUUGUUUCGGAGGGAGAAGGACCCAGAAGUGGUAGAAGAGGGCACCGGGGACGCUGAUGAUGAUAUCAACCUUUUGACGGAUCAAGCAGCGAUCUUGAGCUUACAAGAUGCCAGUGGAGGGGAACAAACGAAAGGGGGGAUUGAUCCCAAGGGAAAGUGGGACGCUUUUGAUCGCCAAGGACGCCAGCUGUUGGAUACAAACAUUGCGCCCGGCCUCAGUCGCUACGCUUGCUGUGGCCAGUCGCGUACAUGUCAUCCGAAAAGUCCAUUUCGUUGUAGGAGAGUCGCCUCUUACCAAAGAAGUGAAGACGCUUAUGCUAAUCACAAGAUCGCUUGCAAUCAACAAGAAUCUCCGUAUGCGCAACACGAAACGCUUCGCAACGGCCAUGAAAGAGAAAAACGGAGUCCAGCCCCAUCACAUGACAACUUGUAUCGCUCCAAUCGAGCGAGCUCAUCGAGAGAACACGGACCUACCACUUCGCUCGAGUUCCACCGUAUGGACCGCAACGGUAGCUCGUCCUUGUCUAGAAUCCAACGACACGACCUAUCCAGUUAUGACUAUGGCUACCCUAGCUCGUCCAAGCAUAGCCCGCCCAGUGACUGGAUGGAUGCCAAUGACAGCAGUGAUACAAUAAGCACCGGUGGAGGUACCCAGGAUGGCGAGUGUGGCGAGCCCGACUUUCUUGAGGACGACCAUUUUUCACACUUUGGAGAGUUUGCAGAUCAGGGCAAUUUGUCGGAAGACGUAAUCUACUCGUCUGAUGACGAGAACUUUCACCAGGAGAAGGUCAAAUCUCCUCCGAGUGCAUCUUCAGAGGACGGUUUUUUUGAACACUCCGGUUAUGGCGAGCGGUAUUGUGCUGGUUAUGAUGUGCCGGGUGAUAGCGCCUGUGUGGAAAUUGGGGAGUCUAUGGGCAACAAUGACUUCCCUUUCAACAAUUCUGCCCCGGACGGCGACAUCACGUCGAUUAAGGAGGAGGAUGAGUUGUAUCUAGUGGAUCAAUUCCACAACGACGGGCGGCACACGGUGCGACGCUUGUACGAGGCACGAACCGGGAUUCGCGAGCAAGAGGAAAAGUCUGAAAAGAUCCAGAAUGGCAAAGAUAACCCCAACAGCGCCAGUGAGAAUAAGCACUCCUACUCUCAGGAGAAUGGCUUUAGUUACGUAACUGCCGGGGGGAGCAGAGAUCAAAAUAACGGCGCAGGGUCCAACCUGGAUGAUAUCGAUGACCAGGUAACCAAUGCGAGCCACCCCAAAGAAUCACCACAAGGCAAACAUGAAGGUGACUACGAGCUGUUUUCCGACAAUGAGCACUAUUCCGAGGACGAGCGUUACUCUCUGGAUGGCAGCUACUAG